AUGAAUCAUUUCUCUAGAUUUAUUUUCUUGGUCACUUAUUUUAUUUACUUAUCUCAUAUUGCAUUAGCUUCUAUAGUUUCUACAGGAGAUUAUAAUAAGGAUUUCUACGUAACAUAUUCACCGAACCAUAUAAACACUUCUGUUGAUGGCCGUACAAGAAGCUUGAUAUUUGACAAGGAAUCUGGUACAGAGAUUGCUUCAAAGGAUAUGUACUUAUUUGGUCAAUUCGACAUGAAAAUUAAGUUGAUACCAGGAAAUUCAGCAGGCACUGUUGUAGCAUUCUAUUUAGCUUCGGGUCAACCGAAUCGCGAUGAAGUAGAUUUUGAAUUUCUGGGGAAUGUAGCUGGAAAACCUUAUACUCUUCAAACGAAUGUUUAUGUUGAUGGAUUUGACGAUAGAGAACAGAGAAUCAAUUUGUGGUUUGAUCCAACACAAGACUACCACACUUAUUCUAUUCUAUGGAACCUUCACCAAAUUGUGUUCAUGGUAGAUUGGGUACCUAUUAGAACAUACAGAAACCAUGCAGAUAAAGGAGCUAAAUAUCCUCAUUGGCAGCCAAUGGAACUCAAAAUGAGCAUAUGGAAUGGAGAAGAUUGGGCAACAGAUGGUGGAAAAACAAAAAUUGAUUGGUCAAAAGCACCCUUUGUGGCCACAUUAGGAAAUUACAAAAUUGAUGCUUGUGUUUGGAAAGGGAAUGCAAGAUUUUGCAGAGUAGAAAGUGAAAAUCAUUGGUGGAAUAAGGGGCAAUCUAGUACUUUGACAUGGACACAAAGAAGAUUGUUUAAAUGGGUUAGAAAGUAUCAUUUGACAUAUGAUUAUUGUAUGGAUAAUCAACGGUUCCAAAAUAAUAUGCCCAUAGAGUGCUCUCUACCAAAGUAUUAA